GGUCUGAUAGAGCCCCUUGAUUCGUGGGACAGGAGAGACGUCCCUCUUUCAGUCCAGAAGGGGAAAAUUCUUUGAACGUUUUUGUCUGCUUCAGUAGGCUCUUAAAGUAUCAUCUUUACCUGAACCACAGGGGCACGUGCCUGAGCCAGAUUGCCCACUGUGGGGAAAGGAAGUCUCAGGAGGCAUUCCGCGCGCCAUGGAGAAACCGUGGAAGUGUGGGGAUUGCGGGAAAGGAUUCCGCUCCCCCUCCUUGCUGGAGAUCCACCGCCGUGUCCACACCGGGGAGCGGCCCUUCACCUGCUCCGUCUGCGGCAAGGACUUCACCCAGUCGUCCCACCUGUUCUCACACCAGCGGGUCCACACCGGGGAGAGGCCGUUCGCCUGCUCCGAGUGCGGGAAGGACUUCAGCGACUCGUCCCACCUGCUGACCCACCAGCGGGUCCACACCGGGGAGCGGCCCUUCACCUGCUCCGUCUGCGGCAACAGCUUUGCCCGCUCGUCGGACCUGCUGUCCCACCAGCGAGUCCACACCGGGGAGCGGCCCUUCACCUGCUCCGUCUGCGGCAAGGGCUUCACCCAGUCGUCCAACCUGCUGACCCACCAGCUGGUCCACACCGGGGAGCGGCCUUUCACCUGCUCCGUCUGCGGCAAGGGCUUCCCUCACUCGUCCACCCUGCGGUCCCACCAGCUGGUCCACACCGGGGAGCGGCCCUUCACCUGCUCCGUCUGCGGCAAGGGCUUCCCUCGCUCGUCCACCCUGCUGCGGCACCAGCGGGUCCACACGGGGGAGAGGCCAUUCACCUGCUCCGUCUGCGGGAGGGGCUUCGCUCGGUCCCAGCACCUGCUGCAGCACCAGCGGGGGCACAAGUGACGGGGCCAGCUGCUGUGAGUCACCGCCCAGGGCUGAACCCUGGGUGGGAGGGGGGGAAGGUCACUGCAGUUGCUGUGCUCUCAUCUCCUUGGCAUUCACUGGCUCUACGAGCCUGCGACUGCGCAUUUCCUCCUGAAGUGGAGAUGUACAACACAGAAACAGACCCUUCGCUCCAACUCCUCCAUAUCCUCAACUAAUCAAGUCCCAUUUGCCAGCAAUUGGCCCUAUCCCUCCAAACCCCUCCUUACACAGAUACCCAAGUGGAUGCCUUUUAAAUGUUGCAAUUGUACCAGCCUCCACCACUUCCUCUGGCAGCUCAUUCCGCACGCACACACCACCCUCUGUGUGAAAAAUGUUGCCCCUUAGGACCCUUUUUAAAUCUUUCCCCUCUCACCCUAAACCUAUGCCCUCUAGUUCUGGCAAAAGACUUUGUCUAUCCCUAUCCAUGCCCCUCCAUGAUUUUAUAAACCUCUCUUAAAGUCAACCCUCAGCCUCCGACGUUCCAGGGAAGACAACCCCAGCCUGUUCAGCCUCUCCCUGUAGCUCAAACCCUCCAACCCUGGCAACAUCCUUGUCAAUCUUUCUGAACCCUUUCAAGUUUUGCAACAUCCUUCCGAUAGACCAGAAGUGCACAUAAUACAGAGGAGCUUCGAUUAUCCAGAAUUAGAUGAACCAGCACGGUGGCUCAGUGGUUAGCGCUGCUACCUCACAGUU